GAAGAGUGUAAAUAAACUGCACGAGCUCAUCUGGACGUGAGGGGCGAACCUUGAUGAGCCGCGAGGAGGUGCCUGUGCACAACUUACAGACCUGGAAAAUGAGGUGCAUUGUGAAGAUCCAGAAGCAGCUGUGAAAAUGAGCACAUUUCAUAUGAUCUUGGAACAUGAGUUGGCGUGAAGUCCAGGCUGCUAGCACGUUUCAUGAGAUUGGAGAGUGAACUUUAGAUUAUGAUCCACCAGAAAAACGACUUUGGAUGUUGGAUUCCGGAGGACUUCGAGCAUUCCGAGGACAAGGACAGCAGCAUAGAAACCUGACGAGCAGGAGGAGGCAGGAGAGAAUGUCUAAGCGAGCGGCGGCAGUCGCUGUCUGGUUGUGGUUAGUGAUGAUUGCGGGGGUGUGUAAGAAGGUGGGGUCGCAGAUCGGGGAAGAGUCGUCGACAUCGACGAUGGGCGACGAGCAUUGUCUGUACGAGAAGAAGGAGUCGUGCGUGAAGGCCGAGGAGGCGGGCUGCAUCUGGUGCGAUCUGCCUCGACGAUGCUACUCGGCAGCUCGUUCGCUGGAGCUCGGCGAGUUCUGCAGCCGCAAGAAGGUGAAGCCCUUCGUCGAUGUCCCCACGUGCGACGAGAUCGUCCAGCGGCAGAACUGCAGCGGCGAAGUGAAUUGUCGAUGGUGCAAAAGUCAGGCUCUGGACGACGGCUGCUUCGGUGCCAUCGAGGCUGCGCGACUCCCGAAGCACAUCUUCGUUUGUCCUGCCACCUCUUCGGGCUCUGCCAUUUCAACCGCAAUAGGAAUCUAAAAGGCUCAGACGUCCUUCCUCCUCCUCCUCCUCCUCUGAAUUUGAGGGUUAUAAUCCUCAAAACCUCUGGGUUUGCUCGAAGGGUUUGAGGAUUAUAACCUCACAAACAGUGACAUUUUUCUGGCACAACUCACAAUUCGCACUUUCUUCCACCGUUCCCUUUCGAGCUAAGAUUUGGAGGGGUAGGAAAAAGCGAUCGAUCCAUCCAUCGAGUCGAAGAAAUGACAAUUACUCUGCUGCAGAUUAGCUGCCCUCCCUGAGUAUCAGUAACUCAUUGAUUCAGAUUGCCAAGUAUUGACGAGUCGUCUUGAAGGUCCAAGUGCUGCAGAGGAUAAAAACUUCCAAACUUGAAGCUCUCGUACGAUCCGAUCCGUCUUGGACUCUCCCGCUUGCGAGACAUGCAAGACAGAUGAUGGCGAUGGUGUAAUGUUCGGCCGGUCAAGAAAAGGUCGACUAUCUUAUCAUUGAUGCUGCUGUCACUGUCACAUAUCACUGCAUGAUGCAAGAGAGCCUGCUCCCGUGCAUCUGUCACCAGUUGUUACACAUCCAAAUGCGAGGUUGAACUCAAUCGAGCGAUGAGGGAUAAUAAUCGAGGAGCUGUAGCUAGAGGCUUCAUUCCUUAGAAAACCGUUUACAGCCAUGUCAGCUUUUCCAGAACUUUCAUCUCGUAGACAUUGCUAACAUUGGCAAGAUACUCUGCCACUUACUCAAAAUCCAGUCAUCAGAUAAAUGCCUCACACAUUCGAAGGUAGUUUCUAUUAUACGAUCAGAGUAAGAAACUUCGUUACGAGUAGGAUUUCGUUUCAACUCGCAGCUGUCGUAUCAGAGCUCUCCAAAAAAAAGCACGAGCAUUGAAUCACCACAUCGUUCUACUUCUUUGAAUUGUGCCAAAUUACAUUCCUCAAAUCCCAACGUUAAGCCUCGACGUGCAGCUGAACGCAGACGAGAUCCCCUACUC